AUGACAGAAGAUAUAUUUGGAUCUUUUAUGAUAGGUAUUCAAUGUGAAGAAGGUGUUAUUAUUGCAACAGAAGUGUCUAAGGACCAUCAAAGAUUGUUUGAAAUAGAUGACAAUUUGAUGUGUUCAAUUAUAGGCACAAACGACCCAAGAGAUAUUUUAGAUAAAGCUAGAACCGAAGCAUUGAAUCAUAGAGGUAUUAAUAAUAAAAUACCAAUGAAUGUUGAGUCAUGUGUCAAAACUAUAAAUAAUUUAUUAUUAAAGUCAAAUGAAGAUGGAUUAUCACACGGUGCAUCAGUAUUGGUUGGAGGUAUUGACGAGCAAAAUGGAUCAUUGUUUCCAUCUCUAUACUAUAUAGACCCCUCAGGAGCAUAUAAUCAAGUUCAAUCCAAAGUAAUAGGAGGAAAGGGGUAUGAGGGUGCCCAGUCUAUUCUACAAGCAAACUACUCAACCAAGUUAUCUCUAAAAGAGUGUCAAGAUCAAAUAGUAUCAACACUAAAGUAUUUGAAUAGAGAAGUUUCAUUUUCAAACAUUCAAUUAGGCAUCGCUCUAAAAUCAAAUGGACUGUGUAAAAUAAACUCAAAAUUAGAAUUGGGUAAUAUUCUUUCAAAUUUACCUUGCGAAUAA